AUGAACCAUGGCCAGAAGUUCGAAGCCCCACGUGUUGGGAUGCUGAUGUCGAGAUGGGGCCACAACCACUGGAACCAAGAGUUUUACAAGAAAGCUAGUUCUGAAGCUCUUCCGGGAUUAAUGGAUCUUUCUCUGAAGCCAGAGUGCGAAGAGUGCAUCAAUGUGAGCGGCCACAAGUUGAUGGAAGGGUUGCCCGGCUCCGUAGCGCAGGGCUUGCCAUCAAGAUCUUGCCGAAAGAAGACUGGGAAAGAGCUGUACGGGCAAGCAAGGUCUCCACUGCUGAGGUUCAUGGAGAUGAGGAAUGAGUAUCAUGCAAGGAUGUAG